UCUCUCUCUCUUCUUCCAUACGCUUUACCAUCUUCUCCACAAACACACGUUUCUCCGUCAUUAUCAAAACAAAGUUCAAAAUCACCCUAAAUCUCUAUUUCUCCGCCAUUAUCAAAACAAAGUUCAAAAUCAACAGGGAUUCACUCUUUUAUUUCUGAUUUUUACACUCCUGGAAUCUUUGAGUUUUCUCUCCAAUGGCGGAUUCAACGCCACUCAACAGAGUACCCAAAGGUUUAUCAUCAUCCGCAGUUGAUGAGAGAAGAACUAAAUUACACAAUGGCAAGUUGAAAGAAGUCGAAGUUGAUAAAUCUUCAAAAGAAACCAAAAAUCCAGUUGGCUCAAAGAGGAAAAAACCUAUGAAAGAUUCACAAAUCCAAAAGGGAAUUAAUUUUUUUGUGAAACACCAGCCAAAAUUAGCUCCCCAUAUUAGUGCUUACACUAACACUGAUAUAGUCUCCCAGCUAACAGAUAAGCUUACCCCCAUUCAGUACCAACAAUUCGACAAUACAUGCUUUGGAUCAUUUCUUCAAAUGAAGCGUUGUGAUGUUCAACAUCAACUCUUCAGAUGCUUCAUGGCUCCAGUUAGACGGCACUCCUAACAAUGUAUUUACAGUACACGUCAAUAGUACUGAAUUACAUUUCACAUUAAGGGAGUUUGCGGCUUGUGACCUCAAAUGUGUAGGUAAAGAUGAAGAUUUUGAGUUUAGUGCAACUACUCCUAACCGCCUUAUUGAGACUUACUUUGGGGGUGCUAAUAUUGUAAAGAGGAAACAUUUGAUACAAUGCUUCGAUGGCAAGAAAUGGGGUCCCUACAAUGAUGGUGAUGCCUUGAAGAUAUCUUUGUUGUAUUUCAUACACACCUUUAUUUUUUUCAUCUGAGAAGAAUAGUGCAACUAUACCAAGGCUACAUUUUGACUUAGUAGAGAGUGGGUGCUAUUCUGAAUAUCAUUGGGGUAUAGACGCAUUUGAUCUGUUGAUAGAUAUUUAUCUUACAGGAGCCAAGUAUGUAUUAAUGCGAACUAACUUUGCUUGCACAUGUUGUAUGCAAUAAAC